UCAGAGAGUAGUUAUGGAUCACGUGAAACUAAAUUUAAAAAUAGAUUCUUCAUUUUAGAAGCACUUCAAGAAGCGUUCAGAACUAUUGUACAGUACACGUAUACAACAUAGGAGAUGGUCAAUAGAUGGCAGUAAUAAAAUGUGCAGGUCUUUUAUGAAAGGAAAAAACCCGAAGAAGGCCAUUAGCGUAGUCAAGCGACUCGGCUAACUAUGUUAUUGAUCACUUCGUUGGUGUAGAUGGAAGAAGGGAUUUUUUUACGGAGCCACUUUGAUCUAAAACGAAGUUGGUAAAAUGGCAAGCGACGAAGAGCGGGGGGUGGUUCGAGUCAAAGUGAAGAAAUGUGAUGGAGCACUUCCGGUGGAGUUUCGGUCCUUUGCUGUUGACCCUCAAAUUACAUCACUGGAAGUGUUGCAGCAUAUUCUAAUCAAAGCUUUUGAUUUGAAUGGACGGCGAAAUUUUGACAUCAGUUACAUGUCUCGAGGUGGAAGUGUUGCAGAGAUGUACCUGUCUUUAACAUCUGAUGGGGAUUUAAAUGCUGCAUUCGCUAGUGCAGCCAUACCCUAUCUGCAACUCAAGAUGGACGUGAAACCUUCAGAAGACAGUCCUGUAAUGGAGGACUGGGACAUCAUCAGCCCCAAAGAUGUGAUUGGCUCUGAGCAGCUUCUGGCAGAGAGGACGAAGUCGUUGGCAUCUGCUGCUCUUCCCUUCACCCAGUCUUUAAUGUCCCAGGUUGGUCGCACACUGACACGAGUCCAACAGGCGUUCAGCUGGUCUUACGGGGAGGAGAUCAAGCCUUUCAAACCCCCUCUGAGUGACACCGAGUUUCAUAGUUAUCUCAAUGGUCAAGGACAGUUGACACGACCGGAGGAAUUAAGGCUGCGGAUAUACCAUGGGGGCGUUGAGCCUUCACUACGCAAGGUUGUUUGGCGCUACCUCCUUAAUGUCUACCCAGAUGGAUUGAGUGGACAGGAAAGAAUGGACUACAUGAAGCGAAAGACGAGAGAAUAUGACCAGUUGAAGAAAGAAUGGACGACCCACGUCAGUCACGAAGACAUUGAAUUUAUCAGGGGGAAUGUACUCAAAGAUGUUUUAAGGACAGACCGUGCCCAUCCCUACUACGCAGGCUCAGAAGACAGCCCACAUUUGACUGCUCUCACAGAUUUGCUUACUACCUUUGCCAUCACGCAUCCACAGAUCUCGUACUGUCAAGGAAUGAGUGAUAUCGCUUCCCCUAUAUUAGCUGUGAUGGAUAAUGAAGCACAUGCCUACAUUUGCUUUUGCGGCAUUAUGAAACGUUUGGAGGGGAACUUCCGGCCUGAUGGACAUCUUAUGUCAAUUAAGUUCCAGCAUCUAAAAUUGCUUCUCCAGUACUCGGAUUAUGAAUUUUACUCAUAUUUGGUUUCUUGCGGAGCUGAUGACCUUUUCUUCUGUUAUCGUUGGUUACUUCUGGAACUCAAGCGAGAGUUUGCCUUCGAUGAUGCUCUACGGAUGCUUGAGGUCACUUGGAGUUCCUUGCCCCCAGACCCUCCUGAAACUGAAGUGGAACUCCUUGGACCACUGCUACAGACCAAUGGAACGCGUUUCACAGACAGAGACAUGACCACGGGCAGUCGCCUUGGGCCCGACUGGGAUUUAAAAGAUAAGCAGCGCAGACAGCAUAUGCUUCGACCAUCAAGAGAAGAAUCCGAUGUCGGUUGGAAUACUGUCACAGAGGACUGUCAGAAAGUUGGACCUCGAAUUGAUCGAGGUAUUGCUCAACCAAUUGUGGGGAGGGCAGGUAUGGUGGGUCCUUCUUUGGAGGAGAGUUUUGGCAAGUUUAAAUACUAUACUGCGCAACAUGAAGAUUCCUUUGAUAUCAAGGACACUAAGCAGCAACAGAGUUUGAGCAAUUCACAGUCAAUAUCACGGAUUCCAGUUCGUCAGUCUACCACUGAUAGCGAAGAGGAUCCCGGAGAAAGAACACCGCUCAUAAAAUGCCACAACAAUGGAUUCUCACCGGAAUCAUCACCUCCCCUAGUGCCAGUCUGGAAGAGUGACACCCUAUCUCAUUCCUCUUCAGCCUUACCAUCUGGUUGGGCAGUUGGAACUCCCGACUCUCCCUCACAAACUACAUUUGGAUUCACAACCAGUGGAAGAGAGGCCUUAUCAAGAACUGUCCCAAAAGUAAUCACAUCUUCUGCACAAUUGCUCAGGGGUACUGGGUUGAAUUUGACAAACCCUACUGUAAAAACAUGUGCUACAUCUCACACCCAUGCUCAAAAUCGUUCCUUUCUCUCAUCACCAAUUUUGCCUUUUGGGAGGGGUCCAUCACAAUCUGGCUCCAAGUCAUCUGCUAACAACCUUCCUUCUCCUAGCAACAGACCCUCAAGCACCACCUCUACAAACAUGGACAAUUCCCCCAAACUGGAGACCGGCAUCAAACCAUGUUCUCUUCCACCUCCCCAAGAGUUUGGAAAAGGCAACCCCUUCAUGCUUUUUUUGUGCUUGUCUAUCUUGCUGGAACACCGGGACCACAUAAUCAAGAACAGUUUGGAUUACAAUGAGCUCGCCAUGCACUUUGAUCGCCUUGUCCGGCGGCACAACCUGGGCAGGAUUCUACAGCGAGCCAAGGCGUUAUUUGCAGACUACUUGCAGAGUGAAGUGUGGGACUCGGAGGAGGGGGAUGAGGUUAGCUCAGACUCUCCAACAUCAACCACUGCUGCUCAAUACUCCCCAUCUUUAACCAUAUCUUCUCGACCCAUUUAUAGCCCUCUAUCAUCCCCUCAGUCUUCUUCUCGGAACUCAACCUAUAACCUGACAACGACCAUUCCUUCGCCAAUAGCUCAAGUCUCCCUUUCGCAUAUGUCGUGACUUGCAAAAGUACCCUUGACUUGCCAUUCUUACUAGCGCCUCAGUAAGGUGGCCCACCAUUGCUGUGGACUAUUUUAGAACACUUUCCACGUUGAAUUGGGCAAUAUCUAUAAGGGUAAUUGCAUAAAAUAUUUAUUCCAGUACUGAUCACAUGUUAUUUGUGCUGCUGUCACUUGGAGUUAUCAACAAAUUUGAUAAAGCUUUUACUGUACCUUCCUAGAUGACUUCAUGCACAGUAAUCGCUCUCCACCCCGACACACAGAUUUUAAGAGUGAGACUAGAUAAUCUAGUCGGAAUAACAUAACUCUGGCUGCUUAAUGGAUUGCACCCAUUAUGUUCUAUUUAUUUCAUUUUUUGUAUAAAAUCAAGUUAUGUCAGACUCUUAAGACAAACAAAAUACAACAUUACUCUGAAAUUAGACAAAGAUGACACUGCCUAUAAUGAAUAGCUUCCCGUGCAUUUAGGAAAAUAAUUUAGCAAAGUGGGACCACGGUACAUGACUGGUUAAAACAUCUGCCUCACAGUUUUGACGACCCGGGUUCUAACCCGGCGUCACCUCUUUGGAGUUUGCAUGUUCUCCCCGCGUCUGCAUGGGUUUUCCCUGGGUGCUCUGGUUUCCUUCCACAUUACAAAAUCACGUAUGAUAGAUUCAUUAAAUGCUAAAUUGUCUAUAGGUGUGAAUGUGAGUGGAAAUGGUUGGUUGUUUUUAUAUGCCCUGUGAUUGACUGGCGACCAGUCAAGGGUGUACCAAGCCUCUUGCCAAGAGUCAGCUGAGAUAGGCACCAGCAUACCCAGAUCCCCAGUGAGAAUAAACCGUAUGGAAAAUGGAGGCAUGAAUUUAGGAAUAUGGAAAUCCCCUGUCUUCUGUCAUUUUGACUUGGUUACCUUAGUUUGGUCUUUUUCAUAAUCUGUCCUCCUAUGAAGUAUUAUUUUCAUUUGUAGUCACUGGACUUCCAAGAUUGUUUUCUCAAGUUCUCAUGUAUAUGAACGCACAUACUUGCGUUUACAAAAUAUUUGGGUUCUUGUUUUCUCUCUGAGCUACACAGACAUGACUAAACCCAAUUGGGUCUGGCAGCAAUUUCUAAACUUAUAUAUUGAGAUAUUCUCUAAAUUCGCAAUGACACAAAAAGUCUUGGAUUCCAAUAUGAAAGCCCAUAACGAAUGUGAUGAGACCCUGUAUAAUAUAUCAAUUUUUCUUGAUUUUCUUGAAAGUCCUUUAUGAUAUGAUGUGAUUUCAAGCAAACUAAUAUUAGUAAUUCAAUUCCCAUUGAAUUAUUAUAUAAUAAAGCUAAAAUUAAUUGACAACAAUCCAUGUAAUUAUAUGGACUGGUCACUAUUUCAAGAGAUGGAUCAAUUUUGCACAUUGUUUUUUUUUUUUUCCCUGUUUAGUUGAAUUGAACAAAAGAACCACUUAAACAUCUCAGUAUGUUGAUCUAUAGUUUCUGAAAGCUGCUAAUGAGUUCCUGCUCUACAGCCAAUGUUUUUGCCGUUGCUUCUCUGAGAUUCAGACUGCAGUAUAAAGUGUAAUAGCACAUGAUGCUGGAUUAUUAGAAGUGCCUAAUAAUCUGGGGAUUCCGAGGCCUUCAAGUGGAUUUCCAUCCGCGCUGCAAAUAUCUCUCGCUGUUGUGUAGGUAGUGCGGCCCUUCUGGUGGAUUAAAAAAAAAUAAUAAUAAAACAUUACCUGCUGUGUUUUAGCAACAUUUUAAUUAACUGGUCAGUUGGUGCCAUGAACAAAUGAGCCAUCCGUAUUUGUGAAAUGCUGUUUUCGCCCAGUUGAUUAGGAUUUUAAAAAAUUACAUUACAAUUAAGACAAACUACCAUUAAAACGAAGCAACACAAAUUUGCGAGGUUAUCAUACUGAAUUCCAUUGUUGUCAACUUUUUACUUGUCUCUAAUGGUGUCAAAAGGAAGAGAGUAUAACAUGCUAUUGUAUCAUGGUUGGACCACAAUAUUGCUUGUAUUUUUUCUUUUUUGGGUUAUGAACGUGCUCAUUGAGUCAGGCCUGUUGUACACUUUUCAUGCAUAUAAAAUGGAAAAGACUUGAUUUAAUUUCGGUGAUUGUAUGCCAAUAAUCCCCCCACCACCACCACACCCCCCAUGCUGUUGCCCAAAACAAGAUAUACUUUUGAACACAAUAUUAAGGUCUAAGGGGCCUUUUUUUUUACCACAAUGAUUGAACUACUUGAAUUAAUGCAUAUUUCAGAAGUGUGCUUUUUUUGUAAAUUUUUUUGAGAGGCCUUUAUUUUAUUGUGUAAUAUGAUUUAUUUUGUAUUUAUUACUCUAAAAUUUGCUCUUGCCUUCCAACCCUCCUUGUUUGCAGAUCCUAUUUAAUAUUUUACAAAGUACCUGGCUAGACAGUGAGCCAAUGUGAAUUUGUAAUAUAAAUGAUUGCAGUCAAGAAUUGCAAUGCAGUUACACUUUUUAAUUGUAUUUACAAUAUGAUUGUAUAAUGGGCACAAAUAAAUAUUCUCUACAACUCUGUUUG